AUGAAGGCCUUCCUUGGGCUCUUCAUCACAGCAACUGCGCUGCUUCCGGCCGUCACCGCAGACUGGCAGUUCAGGUCCCGGCCCGACCUCGCGCCGCCGCGCCUCAACAUCACCAUCCCCGCCACCGACGCCGUCGACGCCGGCUACCUCUUCCUCACACCUUUCGCCGGCCUCGCCGACACGCCGACCGCGCAGCACGGCCCCCGCCAGGCCGCCCCGUACAUCUUCCGCGACGACGGCGACCUGGUGUGGUCCGGGUACGCGGCCUUUAGCGUCUGGGCGGUCAACUUCCAGGCGGCCCGGUGGAGGGGCCGCGACGUGCUGUUCGCCUUUGAGGGCGACCACAACGCGGGCUACGGUCAUGGGCAUGGACACUUUACGUUCCUCGACCAGCAUUACGAGACGGUUCGAGAGCUGCGCGCGGGGAACCACAGACUAGCGUACAAGCACGAGUUCCGCAUCGUGGACGAGGAGACGGCGCUGAUUCAGGUGUACCAGCCCGUGCCCCGGGAUCUGUCGAAGUGGGGAGCCGGCCCGGACCAGCAAUGGAUCGUCAAUGCUAUUUUCCAGGAGCUUGACAUUUCCACCGGGAAGGUCCUCUUCGAAUGGUCCAGCCUGGAUCAUGUAUCCCCUGACGAGGCCGUGCUCGGCAUCAACCCCGGCCACGCCGGCUCCGGGCGCAACUCCUCCGACGCCUGGGACUACUUCAAGAUCAACAGCGUCGACAAGGAUGCCCGCGGCGACUACCUCGUCUCCGCCCGCGACGCCUGCGCCAUCCUCAAGGUCAACGGCACCGACGGCUCCGUCAUCUGGCGCCUGCACGGCAAGCGCAGCGACUUUUCCCUCGGCCCCGGCGCGUCCUUUUGCUUCCAGCACCACGCGCGCUGGCUGUCCCAGGACUCCUCCACCGGCGUCGAGGUCAUCAGCCUCUUGGACAACUCGGCCCACGGCACCGAGCGCAACAGCGGCCGCGGCGUGCACACCGCGCCGACCAGCAGCGCCAAGAUCCUCCGACUGGACACCCGCGCGCGCCGCGCGGAGCUGCUCGCCAAGUACACCCCGCCCCCCGGAGGCGACGCGUUGUCCAAGUCGCAGGGCAGCGCGCAGGUGCUCCCCAACGGCAACGUCCUGGUGGGCUGGGGCUCGGAGGGCGCGGUGACGGAGUUCGCGGCGGGCGGCGAGCCGGUGUUCCACGCGCGGCUGGACUCGGGCGCGCUGGCGGAGGGGGUGCAGAACUACCGCGCGUUCCGGUUCAACUGGACGGGCCUGCCGAGCGAAGACCCGGCCAUCGUCGCGCUGGCGGGCGCGGGCGGCACGACGGUCUACGUCUCGUGGAACGGCGACACGGAGACGGCACUCUGGCGGUUCUACGCCGAGGCGGAGGGACGUGGCGGAUUCGAAUCUCGGAGGCUUCUCGGCGAGGUGAAGCGCAAGAGCUUUGAGACGUCCCUCUUUGUGCCCGGCAAGAGGCUUGAGGCCGUCUCUGCAGAGGCGCUGGACGCCGCGGGCAAGCACCUCGUGUCUACCGCGUCGGUCAAGACGGAGCCCGACAUUGUCCCGUUUCGUUCCGGGGAAAAGGUGCUCGCGAAGACCAUGGGAAGAGUGUGGGAGCAAAGGAUUCUCAAGAAGACGAAAUUUUAG